ACGUGUUUAAAGAAGCUCUCUUCUUAUUGAACACAGGACUUGCAUUAUGGCUGUAAUUAAGCAGCUCUUGAGCUUAGGUUUACUGGCUCUACUUGUGGUUAUCAACAUUAAAGAUGGAAGCACAACUACUACCACUACACUUGCACCAGGUCCCUGUGCCUCAAACCCUUGUCCUUUGGACAGCACCUGUCAAGAGCUCCUAAGUAAUUACACAUGUUUGUGUCGACCUGGAUUGUUCUAUGAUGAAACACAAAAAUCCUGUAAUCUAGCAAAGACUUUCCCAAGUAGUUUUACAAUAAUUCAGGACUUCGAACCAGAAAUGGGAAACAUAAACUCAGAAAUAUUUCAAAAAAUAGCAAAUGACAUUGUUAACACGGAAAAUGUUUUUUAUUACUGUGUCACGUCAAUGUGCAGAAAAGGCAGUAUAAUUGCAGAUGUGCAGAAUUUCUUCAGUGUCAAAUCGGAUGUGAAUAAAACAUUUGUAGAGGGUAAAUUACAAGAAGCGACAAACAUUCCAAAUGGAAUUCUAACAGGUGCCCAGUCUGAGGUAAAAGAUGUGUGUGCAAUUGACUAUUGUGAUGCACAAAGCACAAAGUGUUCCCCCCAAAAUGGUCUAGCGACAUGUUCUUGUGUAGACGGCUAUAUCCAAUUGACAGCAACACAACAGGCAUGCAUUCCCUGCCCCAGUGGUGAACAAGCAGUGGAUUCUAAAACAUGUAAACCAUGUGGUUUUGGAUACUCUGGUUUCAACUGCCAAGAAUCGUACCUCUUAAUUCUGGUUGUGGUCGCCUGUGUUUUGGGUGCACUUCUACUCGGCACUCUCAUAGGCCUUGCAGUUAUGUUUUCGAGGUCCAAGAAAACAAGCAAAAAUCCAGAAAAAAAUACCCCGGGUGGUACUCUGGAGUUUAAUAAACCUGUAGGAAUAACCAGGAUCCCACGGGCUAACCCUAAUUCUGUGUCGCAACCAAACAGUCUGGAGAUGACAGACAGUGGAAGCAGAUAUGCCCUUGUGUCAUCGAUGUGGGAAUCUGACUACAAUGAUGAUGCAAAGAGCUUCAAGAACCAGGCGCCCUCUAGAACAGGGUAUGGAGCCAGGCCCACACGGAACCCCUACGUUGAUGUAUAUGAGGACAGAAAUCAGAGAUUCUGAUUUAGAAAGGAAAAGGGCACUGUCUGUUGAUCUCUCUAGCAGAAAUGGUUGUCAGUCUUAUAUGCAGGUUGACAGUGUAGAAAGAUACUACAGAUAGGACUUUUUAAAAAGCAUUUAAACCUUAAAAUUUGGAUCAUUAGUUGAUAUGAAAAAAAACUUUAAAAGUCUUUCAUUCAAAUAUUCCUUAAGAAAAACAAAUUAACAAUGCACUUGAUGUGUGUGUGUGUGUGUGUGUGUGUGUGUGUGUGUGUGUGUGUGU